AUGGAACAAAAAUCCGGACCAAUUUUAUCAGAUAACCUUUCCACUUUAAUUGAAAGUCGAAGUACCACAGAAUGGUUACCGCGAAAUUUAAAUUAUGAAUCAGAUACGUCUAGUUCUUCAAAAACUCAAAAUCCAGUAAAUUUUGAUUUCGAUAACGUUGUUGCCGAUCCGGUUUCAACUGAAAACUCGAUGGAUUUUAUGCCAUUGAGUAUAGAGAAGCAAAAUACACCGAAUACUGUAGAAGUUCUUGAAGUGGGAAUGGAGGGUGUUAGGCCCAAAAGAAAAAUUAACAUACGUGAAAUAACUAAAUUAGAGAAAUCCAGAGGUGUUGGAAAAAAGCUCCAACCAAAUCCGUGUGCUAACAAAAAAUGUCAAAAUAAGUGUAGUGAAAAAUUUAGUGAAAAUGAUAGAAAAAUUAUUUUUUCAGCAUGUUGGAAACUAGCCGACCCAAUUAGACAAAAAGAUUAUAUAUUAAACUGUGUGAAUGAAAUGCCUAUAAAAAGACAACGAGUCAUUGUAAGCUCCAAAAGAAAUGUUACUAAAGAAUAUUCAUUGCCAUUUGAAAACUAUAGAAAAAAAGUAUGUCUUCAGUAUGUUUUAAGUACUUUAAAUAUUACAAAAAAAUUCUUAAACUAUACAAUAAAUAAUGAACUGUCACCCACAACUUCAAAAAUUGAUCAGCGUGGCAGGCAUUCACCGAAACAUAAAAAAUCAUAUGACAUUAUGAGAAGUAUCGAAGAUUUUACACAAAAACUUCCUGCGAUCAAGUCACAUUAUUGCCGUGCAUCGACCUUCAAAAAAUACUUACCAGCUGAAAUGGGAAAUUUAUCAAGACUGUAUCAAGUUUACAAGUGUUACUGUGCUCAAAAAAAAAUAGAAAUCGUUAAAAAUAGUUUAUUUUGA